AUGUAGUUAGGCAAUACUUCAAAACCUUAGCAGCAUUAGUACUUGAACUUUUUGGAAAAAUAAGUUGAAAAGUCUCAUAAGGUUGUCUAAGAUGUGAAUGUUGUCUCAGAAGCAGUAAUGGACAUUGGCUAGAGAGUGGAUCUUAUCGAACUAGGAUAGCAAGAUCUCAUUAAGAAAUUUAGAAUCCUAGAGUCUAUUGCAAUGGGUAGUAAUGAUGAACAGACUAUAUACAAAAAGACUCUGGACUCUCUAUAUUUGAAAGUUUAAGACAUCGAAGCAAGAGUUAAUUUGAUGCCACAGCAUACUAAUUCAAGUCAUCAUACUUUUAGUGGCAAUGAGAGAGCAAUAGAAAUGAAGAAUGAGAAGUAUAACAUGCUUAGUCAGAAAUUGGAUCACAGUUUAGAUCUGAUGGAACGUAGAAUCAACGAGAUUAUAACAAAAGACUUUGAUGCUUUUAUGCAAUCUAGGGAGCAGGCUUUUGAGCACAGAGUAUUCCAAAUUAUUGAUGCGCAAGCCAAAGAUAUUGCAUUUGACUUUACAAGUUUGGAUUAGAAGAUAACAGAAGUUUAAGAAAUAAUACAAAGUUAUGGCAACGGCGUAAGUUCUGGAGGCAUUAUACCCUUUGGUGUUUAAAAUGAAAAUAAAGACACUUAUAAUUUAACGAAAUCAACUACAAACAUUGAGAGAGCACUUGUGGAUCUCAAGAGAGAAAUCAUCGAUAAGCCAGACACUAAGGAUUUAGAGAGAUUUAAAAGAAAGAUUGCAAAUGAUUUUAAAGACCUAGAGAAAAAAAUCAAGGAUUUGAGUAAGCCGCAUAUCUCCUUUGAUAAAGAUUUGAAAGCUCUAGAGAACAGGCUUACUACUAAACUCAGCAAAGCUAUCUAGAGACUUGGUGAUAUUAUGAAGAAGCAAGAUAGAAAAUUAAAAGGAAUGAUCGAAACAAGUGAGUCAAGACUUCAAAAGUAAUAUUCACCUAUUUCAAACAAAAGCUCUCGAAAUAACAGAGUAUUUAAAUCUUAGCACUCUUUGAAUAUCUCAAAUACAUCAAUGAUGAGAAGUCUUAGUCCCAUUAAGCAAGAUGAGUCUAGAGCUGAUAGAUCCCUUUCAAGAUUGCCAUCUAGAGGUAAAUCUUCUGAUAGAAAGUCCUAAAGAGCUCAUAAAAACUCAGAGGUUAACAUAAAUUAGCAAUAGCAGCAAGAAUAUCAAUCAAUUUAAACAAACGAGUCAGCUUUUAGAAAGUACCAAAGCAAGUUUAAGAAUGAAGUUCAAACCUCAUAAAAGAAAUACAUCAGAAGUGGCUUGAAGCAGGAUAGCUAGGAGAGUUUAAGCAGUUUAUCUCCUAAUGGUAAAAAGACCUUUAAGAGAACUACUUCAAAUGAUCAGCAUAAUAUUAUGGGAGGAGUAAUUUUAAACAACUACAUACAUACUGAUAACACCAGCAAUACGACACAUGGACUAAAUCAUCAACGAAGCAAUUAGAGUGAUAUCAUUGGAGUGCCUGAUAAGCAUAAAUCUUAGCCAUUAAGACGCAGAGAUAAUAGUGAAAAGGAGAAAACUGCUCUGGCUAUCAGCAAAUCUAGAAUCAAUCAGAGUUCUAAAUAAAAUACCAGAGGUAAAAACAGCACUUCCAAGCUUAGUGAAUCUUAGUCUCAGUCAAAAAUAUUAAAUAACAAGAAUAGGAAUUUUGAUACUCCUAAUUUUGAUCUCUAAGGUCAAUCUCCUUAGACUUUCAGAGAUGAAAACUCUAUUGGAGGAAGGUAAUAUCAUAAUUAGAGCAACAAUCAUAGAGGGGAGGUAUCGGUUGAAAUGACUAAGAAUGAUAUUUCAGGCUAUGAUUCAAGACUAAUUGCUAGCGGCUCAAUGGGUGCAAACACUUCUAUAGACAGGUCUUAGCAACUAAAGGUGACUAAUGAUAGACUUGCAAAGUUAGAGAAGAUGUACUAAGAAUUGUCAUAAUUGGAAUAACUAGCUAAGAAAUGA